ACGCAGUGGUUACAAGAAACCUGAAAACCCCGUAAUGCGGAAGUAGGAAGUUAAUGUUAUUACACAUUCAAGAUUAACGAGGGCAACUCGACAUUAGUGGAUAUCGUGCUGUUCUGUUCUCUGUUGGUUUUAACGCCUGAAGUUUUUUUUUUUUUUUUUUUUUUUUUUUUUUUGCAUUAGCUUCUUCAGUGUCGUAGCAGAUGUGCUAUGGCUGGAGCUGAUUGAGAAAUGUCAUGUUACUACAAUACAAUAUGCUCGUAUGUAAAUGUCAUGCUACUGAACUCUCUGAGCACGAUCAGUUUCACAGUAAUUCAGGGCUUGCGUUUUAUGUUGGCUAGUUACUGUAUUAGCGAUUAACGUUAACGCAUAGAGACUGGCGCUUUUCAGACCGCAGUCAAUAGAUGUUUCCACCUGCUUGAGACUCGGUUAAUAUAUGUUAUUAGCCGAUGAACGGUAAAACCUGACAUGGAGUAUCUUCUGGAGGCAAUCGAGAUACUAACAAACACAUCUGGACGCCAAGAGCACUUGAUUAAGUUAAAGGAAGAGGAGCAAAAUCCAAGCCCAUCUUCACCCACUGUGUUUGGUAUUUGUGUGGAGUUGAAUAAAGAUGAUGAAGUUAAGGAAGCCUCUGACAUGUCUCCAGCCAACCAGGAUUCAUUCCUCCAUGAAACAAGAAUCACGCAUAUGGUACAGGACAAGUCUGGAGUCCCAGAGAAAGAAACUCAAAUUGGUAAAAGGAAAAAGAGUUGUUCAAGAACGAGAGCACAAAUAGGAGUCCGGUCUGAUAGGUCACGUCACCAUUGCUUUAAAUGUGGACAAAGCUUCCAAACCUCAGUUCACUUUAAAAGACAUCAACUUGUUCAUUCAGGAGUAAGGUCUCAUGUUUGUCCUGAAUGCAGCAAGAGCUUCGUCACAUCCGGCGAACUUAAAGUGCAUCUGCGUGUUCACACAGGAGAAAAACCGUAUCACUGCUCUGAAUGUGGUAAGAGUUUUGCUCAAACAGGAUCUUUUUCUAAUCACCGGAAACUUCAUAAAAAUGAAAAAAUGCAUCACUGCCCUGAGUGUCAAAAGGGUUUCUACCAACUUUCAGAACUACAGGCACACAGAAGAGUUCAUACUGGAGAGAAACCUUACCUAUGCACACAAUGCUGGAAGGGCUUUACUACGGCUGGGGCAUUGCGAGUUCAUGUACGAACUCACACUGGUGAAAAACCUUAUGAGUGCAAAGAGUGCGGGAAGAAAUUCUGUCAGCUGGGUGGACUCAAGGUUCACCAACGUGUUCAUUCAGGAGAGAGGCCUUACACAUGCUCCGUAUGUGAGAAGCGCUUCAAGGGACAUGCAAAUUUGAUUGCACAUCAACGCAUUCACACUGGAGAAAAAACUCAUAGAUGCACUGUAUGCAGAAAGACAUUCACUGACAGCAGAAGACUAAAAGAGCAUGAGCCACCUCAAUCAGUAGAGACACCAUUCCGGUGUAGCGUGUGUAGUGAAACUUUCAGAGCUUUCUGUCAACUUAAAGAACACCAGCAAUGCCACAGAAGUGAGAAGCGCCAUCAGUGCUCUGAGUGUGGAAAGGCCUUCACACAAUUAUAUUUACUAAAGAAUCACCAGCGUGCUCACUCUGAUGAGAGGCCCUAUUCUUGUACAGAAUGUGGAAAGAGCUUUCGCCGGACAUAUGACCUGAAAACGCACCUGAAUAUCCACAGUGAAGCAAGACCUCAUCAUUGCUCUGAGUGUGGCAAGAGCUUCCGCAGGGCUGCAGAGCUUAGACUACAUCAGAGAGUGCAUACAGGAGAAAAGCCAUACCCCUGCUCCUUCUGCGGAAUGGGCUUUAAACAGACGUCACAACUCAAAGUGCAUGAGCGCACUCACACAGGAGAGAGGCCCUUCCCUUGCCCGGAGUGUGGGAAGACCUUUAAAGACAAGAGAAGUCUGAUAACACACCAGAGAGUGCACCACAAAUAAAUAAAUUAUUUGUGCAAAAGUUUUAGGCAGUUGUGAAAAAUUUGAUGGCAUGAAUAAUUUUAAUUGAUCAAAUAACUUCAUACAAAGUGCAGGAAACAUAUAAACAAAUAAAAAAAUAAAAAAAAUCAGUAUUUGGUGUGACCACCCUAUGCCUUUAAAACAGCACCAAUUCUCCUAGGUACACUUGCACACAGUUUUUCAAUGUUGUUGACAGAUGGGUUGUUCCAAGCAUCUUGGAGAACUUGCCACAGAUGUAUUUAAGCUGUCUCAGUUGCUUCUGUCUCUUCAAGUAAUCCCAUACCAUCCAUGUGGGGGCCAGACCAUCUUGUUCUACAUUUAUUCUAUUCUAUUUGUUAAAGGAAUUUUGAAAUCUAAAAUUGUUGUUUCCUACUGACACACUAAAGCAGAAGAUUAAAAUAACCACCUUAAGACAAAUGUUUUUGUGAAACAUUUAAUGUAACUAAGACUUUUGAACAGUACUUUUAUACUGAAUUAUUUUAGUGUUGAAAUCACAUUGAGCACAGUUUUAACAUUUUAGCUUCAUGCUAAAAUUGCAUAUGCUAUAAAUUAUAUAUUUUGGUUGUAAGACACCAGUGUGAAAAUACAGAUUACUAAUGUUUUUAAUCUUGCUGGUGUCUUACACUCUCCACAUAAUGAAACUUUUGGAGGAUGUUAAGGAAUCAUGUACCUUAUUCAUCAUUCAUUCAUCUGUCUAGGGUUAUUCUUUGUUCUUUAAACAAGAAUUGGUCAUAGACUUUGAGGGUUUUCAUGCAGGUGGGACUAAUUUGUAUAUGCUUGUAGUUAAAUAUUUGAAUGGAAAAUCAAUUAAAUAAUAAUUUUUUUCUGUGUAUGUAUCAUUUAUAUUCUGAAGAGAUCAUGUUUUAUUGUAUUAACGAAAACAACGAUAUUUUUGGUGUAUAUGUAUAUUUGUUUUAAUUACUGCCUUAAUUACAUUUUCUUGACAGAGAUUGUUUUUCCCAAAGAGACUUAAAGGGAUAGUUCACCCAAAAAUGAAAAUUCUUUCAUUUACUUGCCCUGAUGCCAUCCCAGAUGUGUAUGACUUUCUUUCUUCUUUCUUUCUUCUGCUGAACACAGUUGAAGAUUUUUAGAAGAAUACCG